ACACAGAGUUAGCUUUGAAGUAUGUCAACCGUGCAUUGUACCUUCUGCAUCUAACAUGUGGACCGUCACAUCCAAAUACUGCUGCCACUUAUAUUAAUGUAGCGAUGAUGGAAGAAGGUUUGGGGAAUGUCCAUGUGGCUUUAAGAUACCUUCAUGAAGCGUUGAAAUGUAACCAGAGACUACUUGGAGCUGAUCAUAUCCAGACUGCUGCAAGUUACCAUGCCAUUGCUAUUGCUCUUUCUCUGAUGGAAGCAUACUCCUUGAGCGUCCAACAUGAGCAGACCACUCUACAGAUUCUACAAGCAAAAUUAGGCCUUGAGGAUCUUCGGACACAGGAUGCGGCUGCGUGGCUUGAGUAUUUUGAGUCUAAAGCUCUGGAACAACAAGAAGCUGCACGAAAUGGUACUCCCAAGCCAGACGCCUCUAUUUCCAGCAAAGGCCAUCUCAGUGUAUCAGACCUGCUGGAUUAUAUAACCCCGGAGACUGAUCUCAAAGCAAGGGACGCCCAAAGGAAAGCUCGCAUGAAGGUCAAGGGAAGACCAGGACAAAGUCCAACAUCUGUGUUAGAAGAAAAUCAGAAAGAUGAUGAAAUUCUGACUCCGACUCCUAUCACUGUGGAGAGUUCAAGUGAUAAAGACAAUAAGUCCGAAGCAAAACCUGUAGAAACAAAGGUUGAUAAACGUGAUAUGGAACCUCAAGAUCAGGUGACUCUGGUUAAGCCAGAGUCCACAGCCCAAGAGGAUGACUCCUCUGACGAAGGAUGGCAAGAAGCUGUCCCGAAAAAUCGCUAUCCUUCUGGGCGUAGAACCCGUCCCAGCCUGGCAAAGCUGAACACAAACUUCACGAACGCGAACCAGCAGAUAUCAAAAAGCAGAGGAAAACCCACCAAUUUCGCGUCCCCAAGGACUAGCCCAAAUGAGAUUUCAAUAUCUGCUGCUGGUUCUACUUCCCAGCAAUGUUAA